AUGUCUGAUUUGUCGAGCGUGGGCUCUGUUCGUUCCCGUGGAUCAACCAUGGUGGAUGAACCGAUGGUCUCGCAAGACAACACUGCAUCUCGCAAGCUCGCCGCACAUUGGGAGCUGGACGAAGAAAGUGAACUCAUCGCCUUUCUUGCAACUCGCGGGGCUGAGGCUGGGGAUAACGCAACUUUCAAAAACUCAGUAUACUCUGAUGCUUCCAAGCACCUCAACGCAUUAUAUCCCACCUACAGGGGCACUGCCAAAUCCCAGUCAUCUUGCAAAACCAAGUGGAACAACCUAAAGAAGAGUUACAAUGUCGUCAAGGACAUCAAGUCGCUCUCCGGUUUCGCAUGGAGUGAUGAGCAUGGAGCUGGAGUCACGCCUGAAACUAGUGGUGUCUGGGACGCACAUGCCAGGAUAAGAGCGCAUCCUCUGUCUAAACCAUUUGCUCAUAAAGGAUUCCCUCAUUAUGCUGCUGUUGAGGUGCUGAUGCCAUCCGCCGCCAAAGGAAAGUUCGUGACCCACCAGCCCCCUGCUAGGAGGGUCCCAUCUGUUCCUAUGGCUGCUUUGUCCUCUUCGUCGAUGCUGCCUCCAUCUACGACGCCCAUAUGCACACGCCACAUACUUCCUUCCCCCUCGGCCUCUACCUCCAACUCAAUGGAUCUCUCAAUCCUCGCUGAUGCUGCCACUGCAAUCGCAGUGGCUGGCCCACAAACCUCACCAGCUGCACCUACCUCCACUUUCACUCCUACCACGAGUGACUCGAGGCUUACAAGUGCCAGCUGGGGUAAACGCAAACACAGCGCAUUGGAUAACGUAGAGUCAUCAUGCAAGCACUCUCACCCCCCCUCCUUAGCUGCCAAGGCUCAGCAGGAGGGUAGUGCAGCUCUUGCCUCUAUCACGCAAGUUUUACCGCAGGUUAUUGACUCAUUUUCAUCAUCAUCAUCCACCCAACAGGAUGAACGCCCUCCUCCUACAACACUUGGCUGUGCAAUCACUGCUCUCUGUGACACUGAAGGUUUGCAGUUGGAUGAUGUCUUGGUCCUCACCAACUUUAUGACCGCCAAUCCAAAUGAAGUGGUAGCAUUCCUUGCCUUGAAAGAAGGGCCAGUGUGGAGGACAUCUUGGGCGCAAAAGAAGCUUGCAGCUCUGCGCAGAAAUGCUCGCUGA